UUUCACUUCUAAGAAAGAGAGACGAAACAGAGAGAGAUUUUCCAUAAAGUUGAUGUGUCCAUUUAAAUGUAAUAAUAUAUAUGUUUGGUACUGAGUGUCAUUAACACUUAUCAGUUUCAUGUUUAUUCAAGUUUGAUUUAAUUUGGAGACCCAACAAGCAGCCACCCAUAUUCAUACUAAGAUUUCAUAUCAUGGCUUGGGGAUCACGUUCCUCUUCCUCUUCCUCCAAUUACCAUGUGUUCCUCAGCUUCAGAGGUGAAGACACACGUCAUGGUUUUACUGGCCAUCUCUACAACACUCUUCAGAGCAAGGGAAUCCACACUUUCAUUGAUGAUGAGAAGCUUCAAAGAGGGGAGCAAAUAACACCAGCACUUAUGAAGGCAAUUGAAGAUUCCAGAGUUGCCAUCACUGUGCUCUCUGAACACUAUGCUUCUUCCUCGUUUUGUUUAGAUGAACUUGCAACCAUCCUUCACUGUGACCAGAGGAAACGGUUGUUGGUUAUACCGAUCUUUUAUAAGGUGGAUCCUUCUGAUGUGAGACACCAGAAAGGUAGUUAUGGAGAAGCAUUGGCAAAGCUUGAGAGGAGGUUCCAGCAUGACCCGGAGAAGUUGCAGAACUGGAAGAUGGCUCUGCAGCGAGUAGCUGACUUGUCUGGCUAUCAUUUCAAAGAAGGAGAAGGAUAUGAAUACAAGUUUAUUGAGAAGAUUGUUGAGGAGGUCUCUAGGGUGAUUAAUCUUUGUCCUUUACAUGUUGCGGAUUACCCAGUUGGACUAAAGUCACGAGUGUUACAUGUAAGGAGACUUUUGCAUGCUGGAUCUGAUCAUGGUGUCCACAUGAUAGGGAUUCAUGGAAUGGGCGGGGUAGGAAAAUCAACACUUGCUCGAGCUGUCUAUAAUGAAUUGAUAAUUGCUGAGAAGUUUGAUGGUUUGUGUUUUCUUGCAAAUGUGAGGGAAAACUCAAACAAACACGGGUUAGAACACCUCCAAGGAAAGCUGCUUUUAGAAAUACUCGGAGAGAAGAGCAUCAGCUUAACAAGUAAGCAACAAGGAAUUUCAAUCAUACAGUCUAGGCUCAAGGGAAAGAAGGUUCUCUUGAUUAUAGAUGAUGUUGACACACACGACCAAUUGCAAGCAAUUGCUGGAAGACCUGAUUGGUUUGGUCGCGGCAGCAAAAUCAUCAUCACAACUCGGGACAAACAAUUGCUAGCAUCUCAUGAAGUUAAUAAAACAUAUGAAAUGAAGGAAUUGGAUGAGAACCAUGCUCUUCAGUUGCUUACAUGGCAAGCUUUUAAAAAAGAAAAAGCUGAUCCAACUUACGUGGAGGUCUUGCAUCGCGUAGUAACUUAUGCUUCUGGUCUUCCAUUGGCGUUGGAAGUAAUAGGUUCCCACUUGGUUGGAAAAAGUAUACAAGAAUGGGAAUCUGCCAUCAAACAAUAUAAAAGAAUUGCCAAGAAGGAAAUUCUAGAUAUACUUAAAGUAAGCUUUGAUGCUUUGGAGGAAGAAGAGAAGAAAGUUUUUCUUGACAUUGCUUGUUGUUUCAAAGGAUGGAAAUUGACAGAGCUUGAACAUGUUUAUGAUGACUGCAUGAAAAAUCAUAUUGGGGUGUUGGUUGAAAAAUCUCUAAUAGAGGUUAGAUGGUGGGAUGAUGCAGUUAACAUGCAUGACUUGAUUCAGGACAUGGGCAGGCGAAUAGACCAACAAGAAUCCUCAAAAGAGCCCAGGAAGCGAAGGAGAUUAUGGUUAACAAAGGAUAUAAUUCAAGUUUUAGAAGAGAACUCGGGAACGAGUGAAAUUGAAAUCAUAUCUCUGGAUUUAUCCUUAUCCGAGAAAGAAACAACAAUAGAAUGGAAUGGAAACGCCUUCAGAAAGAUGAAAAACCUUAAAAUACUUAUUAUUAGAAAUGGUAAAUUUUCCAAAGGUCCCAAUUAUAUUCCAGAAAGUUUAAGAGUACUGGAAUGGCACGGGUAUCCUUCUAGUUGUUUACCAUCUAAUUUUCAUCCGAAGGAACUUGCCAUAUGCAAGUUACCUCAAAGUUGCAUUACGUCAUUUGGGUUCCAAGGCUCAAUGAAGAAGUUCAGGAAUCUAAAGGUUUUGAAUUUUGAACAGUGUGAAUUUUUAACAGAGAUACCUGACGUAUCUGUUCUCCUAAAUUUGGAAGAACUUUCAUUUCAUCGGUGUGGGAAUUUAAUUACAGUCCACGACUCAAUUGGUUUUCUAAAUAAACUUAAAAUAUUGGGUGCUACAAGGUGCAGGAAGCUUACCACAUUUCCACCUCUCAACUUGACCUCUCUUGAAAGACUUGAACUUUCAUGUUGUUCCAGUCUUGAGAAUUUUCCAGAAAUAUUAGGAGAGAUGAAAAACUUAUUGAAGCUUGAAUUGUCUGGCCUUCUUGGUGUAAAAGGAUUGCCAGUUUCAUUUCAAAAUCUUGUUGGACUCCAAAGUUUAGACCUGGAUGAUUGUGAAAAUUUUUUGUUACCAAGUAACAUUAUUGCCAUGAUGCCUAAACUGUCUUCAUUGAAGGCUAUAAGUUGCAAGGGGUUGCAAUGGGUAAAAUCAGAAGAGGGUGAAGAAAACGUGGGCUCAAUAGCAUGUUCAAAUGUUGAUUACAUCAUUGUCGAUUAUUGCAACCUGUAUGAUGAUUUUUUUCCAACAGGUUUCAUGCAGCUUCAUCAUGUGAAAACUUUAAGCCUAAGGGAGAAUAAUUUCACAUUCCUUCCUGAAUGCAUCAGAGAAUUGCAAUUUUUAACAACACUUGAUGUGAAUGGUUGCUAUCAUCUUCAGGAAAUUAGAGGGGUUCCACCAAACUUAAUAGAUUUCUCGGCAAUCGAUUGUAUAUCCUUGUCUUCCUCGAGUACAAGCAUGUUUUUAAAUCAGGAAUUGCAUGAGGCUGGACAAACUAAGUUUGGCUUUCCAGGAGCAACUAUUCCAGAGUGGUUCAAUCACCAAAGUAGGGGAACUUCAAGUUCUUUCUGGUUUCGUAAUGAAUUCCCUGACAAUGUUCUUUGUCUUCUUGUAGCACGUGUGGAACGCAUAGGUGAUAAUGAUAUUCCCAUGCCCGUGGUGUUACUCAAUGGCGAACUUCUUAUUGAUCGUGAUCAUCACGUCCAACUAGGAAAAAAGAAAUGGGAUUAUACAUAUCUAUUUGACCUAAAAUCAGUUUUAGAUGAGCUUGUUGAUCUAUCUGAAGUGGUAUUAGAAAAGGAAUGGAACCAUGUGGAAAUUACAUACGCGGGUCAGAUAGAGACCUCACUGGUUAAAGCAACCGGAAUCCAUGUAUUCAGACAGGAUGAUAUUCGAUAUGAUGAUCCCUAUGGCAAGAGAAAAUUAGAGCAUGAUCUCAGUUCUGAAUCACAACCACUCAAUAAAAAGCCUAGCAUGUUAUCGAGGUUGUUUUGCAGGUUAUCGAGGUGGGUUGGCCCUGAAAGAAUUAUAAAUCUUCUGGGGAAUGCUGCAGAUGGAGCUUUAUUUACUAAUGCCGAGAGGAGAUAUAGCCAUAUUUCUAUGGUCUCUUGUAGGCGAUGCGGCGUGUUGGAGGAGACAUGUCUGCAUGCUCUUCGAGAUUGUCCAGAGGUGGCUGCAUUUUGGAGAAGUGUGUUACCUAAGAAAUUAGCACCAAAGUUUUUUAAUGGUGAUGAUGUGACAGUGUGGCUGGAAACAAAUUUAUCUUUUUCAGAGGCAGCUGUUUUUUGGCCAGCUUUUUUUGGGAUUGCAGUGGAUCUGUUGUGGGAAUCCCGCAACGACCUUGUGUUCUAUCAAAAUGGUCAGACUUGGGCAUAUGUACAUCUUAGGGCUACAGAUAUUGUCUUUAAGCGCUAUAAAGAUUAUAUGAGAGCCCGUGCUUCUCACAAUUUGAUGACGAGGAAUCUCUUGAAGUGGAGGAGGCCUUUGCCCCUUUCACAUGGGCAUUGGUUGUUGAGUCUAAAUGUGAGUGGUGCCUAUGAUCCCUCUUCAGGUACUGCUGCAUGCGGAGGUAUAUUCAGAGACUACCAUGAUAGAUUCGUGCUUGGGUUUUCGGUGAAGCUUGGGGAAUGUUGGUCAAAUGAUGAGGGUGAAAUAUGGGGUAUUUAUCAUGGUAUGAAGAUUGCAAGGAAGUAUGAUAUUUGGGGUUUAUUUCGUGAUAUUCUAAGGCAGCAUAGCGAUAAACAUAAUGUAUUUGACUAUAUUCGAAUAAGUCCUAAGAUUGCAAGGCAGCAUGAAUUUGGUAAAAUUGUAGUGGUAUCGGGCUCUGAGAAAGCUAUUGGGUUUGUGUCAGAUGGAUGCCCUACAUCCACAUCUACAUCUACAUCGAUGCAGCAUUGUUUCCCAUUCUGUGAUGAGUUGAAAGCUCUAACGUCUGCUACAAAUCACUCAUACUUCAUGUACGCACCGGACUCAUACUUGAUGCACACACCGGACGAUCCUGCUGCUUAUUCCUUUGUCAAAUUCGGUUUAUCCAUGAAACAACAGGCUGCGUCAAUUUUUUCGGCUUGUCCCUCCUUUUGCCAACCUUUUGUUAGUGAAUACAUAUAAAUGUUAAAUAAAUAAGUACCUCAAUAGAAUAUUUAUUUCUUACUUUUUUGUUUAGUUUUAGAUUUGUCCUUGCAGGUUCUACUAUAUAAACAAUUGAAUUAUAUUUAUGUAAUUUACUUGCUGUAUAUUUAUUUUACAUUA